GGCCCGGACAGCUCCAAGACUUACCUGACAGGAAGCAAUCCAGGAGGUGGUGGCAGCAGGAGCAGCAGCAGCAAGCAGCCCCGGGCUACCUUGACACAUUCUAUGCUCCAAGUGGUCCUUCAUAUUGGGUGCACGUUGAGGUGUUGUUGACCACAAACCACACUGAAGACCCACCCACCUGAAGAUCCGCCUCUCCUUCUGGGCCAGACCCAAACUGGUGACUAACUGACCAAGAUUCCUGAGCCCCUGCUGCUUCUGAAGUUACCCUGAUGUGGGCCCUACCUCCCACUUGCUUUCUGAUCCUGCUGUGGCUAUGCCAGGCCCCACCAAGUUGCCAACAGUCAUUGGGAUCCCUUAAGCUUCGGCUAGUGGGUGCUGGGAGCCAGCCUGAAGAGGGUCGCCUGGAGGUGCUGCACGAGGGUCAGUGGGGCACCGUGUGUGAUGAUGACUUCAGCCUCCCGGAGGCCAACGUGGCCUGCCGCCAGCUUGGCUUUGAGUCUGCUCUGACAUGGGCACACAGUGCCAAGUAUGGUCAAGGCGAAGGCCACAUCUGGAUGGAUAAUGUGCGUUGUGUGGGCACGGAGAACUCCCUGGCAGAGUGCAGGUUCAACGGCUGGGGUAUCAGUGACUGUAGCCACUCUGAAGACGUCGGGGUCGUGUGCCACCCCCAGCGCUUGCCUGGCCACCGCUCAGAGAGGCCAUCCCAGACCCUGGGGCCACAGGGACAGCGGCUGGAGGAGGUACGGAUCAAGCCCGUGCUGGCCAGUGCAAAACGGCAGAGUCCCAUCUUGGAGGGUGCUGUGGAGGUGAGAUACGAUGGUCACUGGCGGCAGGUGUGUGACGAGGGCUGGACCAUGAACAACAGCAGAGUGGUCUGCGGGAUGCUGGGCUUCCCCAGUGAGGUGCCAGUCAACACCCAUUUCUACAGGAAACUCUGGAAUAUGAAGAUGAAGGACCCCAAAUCCAGGCUGAGGAACCUGACCAAGAAGAAUUCCUUUUGGAUCCACAGGGUGAACUGCCUGGGGACUGAGCCCCACAUGGCUAAAUGCCAAAUGCAGGUGUCCCCACCAAAGGGCAAGUUGCGGCCAGCCUGCCCCACAGGCAUGCAUGCCGUGGUCAGCUGUGUGGCAGGACCACGCUUCCGCCACCCCAAGGGAAAGCCCCGCCGCAAGGAGGAGGCCCAGGUGCGGCUCCGGGCUGGGGCCCAGGUGGGUGAGGGCCGGGUAGAAGUGUUGAUGAAUGGCCAGUGGGGCACCGUCUGUGACCACAAGUGGAACUUGAUCUCAGCCAGUGUCCUGUGUCGCCAGCUAGGCUACGGCUCUGCCAGGGAGGCCCUCUUUGGGGCUCAGCUGGGACAAGGGCUGGGACCCAUCCACCUGAGAGAAGUGCAGUGCAGUGGGUAUGAAAGGGUCCUCAGUGAUUGCCCCGCUCAUGAUGCAGCUCAGAGCGGCUGUCGGCAUGAGAACGAUGCCGCCGUCAGAUGCAAUAUCCCCAACAUGGACUUCCAGAAACAGAUCCGAUUGGCUGGGGGGCGCAGUCCAGAGGAGGGCGUGGUGGAGGUCCUAGUGGAGAUGAAUGGGGCCCUUCGAUGGGGAGCUGUGUGUAGUGACCUCUGGGGACUCAGUGAAGCCAUGGUGGCCUGUAGGCAGCUUGGUAUGGGCUUCGCCAGCCAUGCCAUCCAGGACACUUGGUACUGGCAGGGCACUCCAGGGGCUGGCAAGGUGGUGAUGAGUGGGGUUCGCUGCUCGGGCACAGAGCUGGCUCUACAGCAAUGUCAGCGGCAUGGGCCCGUACACUGCUCCCACGGCGUUGGCCGCUUCUCAGCAGGAGUCACCUGUACAGAUAGUGCCCCAGACCUGGUGAUGAAUGCACAAUUGGUACAAGAGACAGCCUACCUAGAGGACCGCCCACUGAGUCUGCUGUACUGUGCCCAUGAGGAAAACUGUCUCUCCAAGUCAGCUGACCACAUGGAGUGGCCCUAUGGGCACCGCCGCCUGCUUCGAUUUUCUUCCCAAAUCCACAACCUUGGCCGGGCAGACUUCCGACCUAAGACUGGGCGCCAUAGCUGGAUCUGGCACCAGUGCCAUAGGCACUACCACAGCAUUGAAGUCUUCACCCACUAUGACCUUCUUACUCUCAAUGGCUCCAAGGUUGCUGAAGGACACAAGGCUAGCUUUUGUCUAGAGGACACCAACUGUCCUACAGGACUACAGAAGCGUUAUGCCUGUGCCAACUUUGGAGAGCAGGGGGUAACUGUGGGCUGCUGGGACACCUAUCGUCAUGAUAUUGACUGCCAGUGGGUGGACAUUACAGAUGUGCGUCCUGGGGACUAUAUCUUCCAGGUGGUUGUAAAUCCCAAAUUUGAGGUGGCUGAGUCAGAUUUCUCCAAUAACAUGAUGCGGUGCCGAUGCAAGUACGAUGGGCAUCGAGUCUGGCUGCAUGGCUGUCACACAGGUGAUGCCUAUGGAGCCAACACAGAAGCAGCCUUGGAACAGCAGCAGCGACUAGUGAACAACCUCAUCUGAGGUCCUGGCCAUAACCGUCCACCUGCUGCCCGAACACCAGAUACCUCAGCUUACUGGAGCCAGAGCCCUCGUGGAGCUUCAGCCUCCUGAGGAGAGGACAGUGCCCAGAAGCAACAAGAAUAUGCUCAGGGAGCCUUGGAAGGAGAAAAUGCCAAACCAGGAUGUGCACAGCUCCCUAAAGAUGGCAUUAGGCUUGGACCUUUGUCACAUGGAGCCUGAGGAUGCCAAGCCCUGAGUCUUUCUCAGAGCCACCUUUCCCUGGACUCUGUGCCACCGGCUGUGCCCGCAGCUCCACAGACUCUUACCUUCGUGGGAUGGCCAGGAGCCCCUACUCUACGGUGCUUUGUCUAUUUUGCAGUGGCACUGGGGAGAAGCCAACAGAAGUCUAAUGGAAUAAACUGUUCUUUGUUAGCAGUUCAAGCAACACAGCUUGAGUAAAAGUCAACAGUGACGUAUAAGUCAACAUGGUCAUAGAAAUCAGUGGAUUUGGUCCCACGCUUUGCACCAUCCACAGCUUUCCAUCCGCUCUCUUCCCUGCACCACUGCCCAGUCUUCUUUUUGGAUCCUCACCCACACUUAGCUACGUGUCUAUGGGUCCCAUUUCCCUGGCAACUUAGGUCUCAGGUUACCACUAGUGCCUGCUGUCUGUGAGGAUGUAUAUAUAGGUCACACAGAACAAUGGCCUGAAAAAACACAGAGGACAGUAAAAUCUGGGCUCUAGGGCAUGCCAAGGGUCUUUGCACCAAAGAAUGAUGUCUGUCAUCAAUACACUUGCCUCAGGGUCACUCUGUCUCAGGAUUGGCCUCUGGUCUAGUUUAAUUCCAGGUCUGAACAAGGUCUCUAGAGUGAACUUCAUAAU